AUGCUCCGCCCCGAUGACGCACAGGCCUUACGCGUUUUGUGUUGCCAUUCCACGCGCAAGUACACCCAUGACCACAUCAUGAGACGGGCCGGGGAUGCUCUCGUUGCCCCAAUUAUAAUGAGCAGUAGAGAGGUCUACGACGUGUGUCAUGAGUACAACGAGAUCUCACCUCGCUAUCCUGCACCGCGUAUGUGCAGAAUUGCAGCAUGA